AUGCAUUCAUUCAUACCCCCCCGAUCAAUUUGUGGCGAUCAAAUUGCCCUCCGACCAGACUCGCAUCUUCAAUUGGGGAAGUACGGUAGCUUCCCUGCCAACCAGAUCAUCGGACGACCCUUCUACUUCACCUUUGAAAUCCAAGACACCGCCGAAAGUGAUGGCUAUAAACUGCGGGUCGUCUCAGCCACCGAGCUGCACGCGGAAACCUUGAUUGAAGAGGCCGAGGCAGACGGCGAGGGGGAGGAUCAACCAGAGGGAUCAGGGACCCCCAUGCGCACCAACCGUCAGAUCGUCGAUAAUGCUUCUACCCAGACACUGACCCUGCAGGAAAUCGAAGAGCUCAAGAAAGAGGCUGGUGGAGCUGGAAAGGAAAUUAUCGCGAAGAUCCUGGAGUCGCAUACCGCUCUGGAUCAGAAGACUGCUUUCUCUUUGGCCAAAUAUACGCUUCGGAAGCGUCAGAAGUAUCUUAAGCGAUUCACCGUCGUACCAUUGGAUGUCAGCACACUGGCCAACUUUAUGCUGGCCGAGAAAGAUGCGACGAGGACGAUGGAAUUGCGGGACGAGCACAUCGGCCUCCUGGGCUGCUUCGGUAACGUGCAUUAUGGCGGGGAUUCUCACAAUGAAGAGUCAACCACGGAUAGACUACCCGCAAUCAAGCCGAAUGGCCGAUACUAUGUGGUUGACGAAACCGGUGGUCUUGUCGUGGCUGCCAUGGCCGAGCGCAUGGGAAUUCUUUACCCGCGCGAUGAGGAAGAGGACGAGAACGAUGGAGAGGAGGAGGAAGCCACGGAUUCAAACGAGCAAAACCCCACUGGAGAAGACAACAAUGCAGAGGCCCAGGGUGCCACUUCGACCUCGAAGCGCAAACGGCCUCAAGCCAUGUCGGCGUCUGGAAACACCAUCACCGUUAUCCAUGCCUCCUCACAACCAAAUCUCUCACUAUUGAAGUACUUCGGUUAUGAUAUCAACACACCCGAUGAGAACCACCCCCUUCACACCCACCUCAAGACAGUCACCUGGCUCCAAAUGCUCGACCCAGCCGUGGACCCAAUCCUAUCCAACCGGCCGGCGGAGAUCCCACCGGCGGAAUUGGCAGCUUUGAAGGGCAGCAAGCGCAGCGCGUAUCACUUCAAACGGAACCGAUGGGAGAGAAUCAAGAAGGUAGUGGAAGAGGCCCGCGCGGGAAGGUUUGACGGCCUCGUCGUCGCUACCCUGUUAGAGCCUGCUAGUGUAUUGAAAAACCUGGUCCCACUGCUCUCCGGCUCAGCCUCCGUCGCUGUCUAUUCCCCAACCGUCGAGUCCCUGGUCGUUCUGAUGGACAAGUACUCUACUACACGGAGAACGGCAUUCAUCAACAAAAAACGGGACCUCGAAGCCCAAACGACCUCGGAGCAGGACGAUUUCGACCUAUCCUCGUUAUAUGAAGAGUCACGUGUUCGUGCCUGGCAAGUGCUUCCAGGUCGAACACACCCUCUCAUGACUGGACGCGGUGGCGCCGAGGGCUAUCUUUUCCACGGCGUGCGCGUGAUUCCCACAACUGCAAACGUCCAGGCCGCAGGCACAUUCCGGAAGAAGCGAAAGCUGGAGCAGCAGACAUCAACCCCGACCCCGACUACCGAUCAGGACGUCGAAAUGGCAUCUUAA